ACCAUAGAUCAAUCAAUAAAAUAAACAUGUCCAAUCCAAUCUUGGAAAAGUCUUUAGACGAAAUAAUCGGCGAGCACAAGUCCGAGAGACCUUCCCGUCCUUCUGGCGGCCAGAGACGUAACAAUAACCGUGCCAGAGUGAACAAGCCAGGCCGUAAUGACGGUGGACGCGGGGAUAGACGUGGAGGCGCUCCACGUGCUAGACACCCAAGACCCCAGGGAAGAUCCAUACCUCGUGAGAUCUUAGCCUUGGCUGCUGGUAGACCGUUGUUGAGAAUUAAAAACAUCCACGAAGAUUUGACUGGACAAGAUUUAUCUCAGCUCUUUGAUGGCAUUGCUCCAGUGGAGUUUGUCAAGUUUGACCCUGCUGACGAGGACAAUGCGUACGUUUGCUUUGAAAGCGACAAUGCCAGACACAAUGCCGUGGCCAUUUCCAAGUUUGAUGGGAAGAAGGCUAUGGGUCGUGACCUUGUGGUGGAAAGCACCACUUCUCUUGCAGACCGUAUUGUUCUUCCUUCCAGACUGAGGGGUGAUUUCAGAGGCGAACGAGCCCCAGACUCGCACCCGGCCAGAAGAGACAGAAGACGUGGGAAUGGUGCCUCCAGAGGCGGUAGAGAACGUGAACAGGGCCGUGAGCCACGAGAGGCUCGUCCCAAGCCGGUCAAGAAGUCUGUUGAUGAUUUGGAUAACGAACUUAACGCAUACAUGGCCGGUGAGCUGGCCAAUCUCCCAUCUACAACUCCAGUUGACUCUGCUCCACAAGUGGAGUCUGCACCAACUGCCGCUCCAGAAGCCUCUGGCAAUGACGAGAUGACCUUAGAUUAA